CACACAUUUUCGAUUUGUCACUAAAACUCAGUAAUCAAGAGUGAAGCACACAAUAGCCGAGCGUGAGACGUAGUUGCUAAAUUGAGCCUAAACUAUGGGGUUACUUGACCAGCUCUGGGACGAUACCCUCGCCGGACCCCCGCCGGACACCGGCCUCGGUAAACUCAGAAAAUACGGCACUUUUAGCUUCCGAUCCAACUCCGGCAAGGAAACGGAAGCUGUGGAUAAUCGAAGAUCGUUUGGAGAAGAGGCGGCGGCGGAGGAUGCAGUGAGAGUGACGAGAAGCAUUAUGAUCGUAAAGCCGCCGCCGCAGCUGAAUCUGAAGGACUCUCCGCCGGAUUCUCCCGCCGGAUCCACUCCUCCGGCGUCCCCCUUCGCCGGUAAGGUGGAGGAAGAGAAGCAUUCAGGUUUCGUCGGAGGUCGGCGUCAUUUGCGUACGAGAGAGCAAAUGGAGUGGGACCCAGGAGCCCUCCUCCUCCUUACGACAUGUGAGAUCUCAUGAACGCACGCAUAUGCAGGCAGCUUCGCAUUUUCUACUUCAACAGAGUAUCGUAUGUAUGUAUCAGAUGCAAAGAGUUUGGUAGCUGCAGCUAUAUAUAGGAUCUGUAAAUAUAUGUUGUUGCUUAUGUAGAGUGUUUUUCUUCUAACGAGUUUUGUUUCGAAAACUGCGUGCUGAGAGUCUGUACUAAAAAGAAGAAGAGUUGUGCUCUACCCGCUGUAAUAAUAUUAAGGUUUUCUCACAUUUUAACGUUCUCA